GAAAGUUUUGGCACUAAAGUGUCCUGAGAGGGAGCAGGGUUCACAAAGGACCAGGGCAGGGGUGCCCUUUUAUCUCCCUUAUAUUCUGCAUUCUCAUAUGUUUAGUUUUUUUUUUUUGAGUGACAGAGGAGGCACAGAUAAGAAAGCUGUAGCUUGUAUGUCCUUGAUCACAUGUGUGCCUGGGAGACUGAAGAACUUACUGCUGGAGGAAGUUGUUUGAGGUGGAUUAAGUAAUGCUCCUCCGCCUUUAUGUCAUGGUGAUCUCAUACCUUUGUGCCAUCAAAGCUGCCCCCUUCCAAAACCAGACCACUGAUUUGGAUUAUGGCCCUGAGAACUCGUCCAACUCCACAGACCAACCACAGAACUUCUUUGAAUUCACUGAGGGACUACAUGAUGGCUUCUUCCCGGAUUUAGCAACCACAUAUCCUGAUAUGGCUGGUAAAGAAUGGAACCUAUAUUCCCCAAGAGUGGCCCUCACUAGUCAGGAGCCCUCAGGACCUCCUCUUUUAUUUUUGGCAGAAGAGUCUAUUUCACAUUCAGAACAGGCCAACAGAACUUCUCGGGUAAAACGGGCAAGGGGAUCUGAUGCUAUCAGCCCUUCUCGAAGAGGAGAGCUUUCUGUGUGUGAUACUAUGCAUGUUUGGGUGACUGACAAGAGGUCAGCUGUUGAUAUUUAUGGUAAGACUGUCACUAUCCUAUCUGAGAUUCAGACUCUUACAGGACCACUCAAGCAAUACUUUUUUGAGACCAAGUGCAACCCUGAAGGAGGUACUACUAAUGGUUGUCGUGGGGUGGAUAAAAGACAAUGGUUGUCAGAAUGCAAACAAAAGCAAUCCUAUGUAAGAGCGUUGACCAUGGAUGAUAAGCUUGUGGGUUGGCGCUGGAUCCGGAUCGAUACAGCAUGUGUUUGCACCCUGCUAAGCAGAAGAGGAAGGACGUAAAAUCAGAGAGGGCAGAGGGUUAUCCCUCUCUGUGGUUUACUGUGGAUAGGGAAAGCAAAUAGAGCUCCUGUUUUCCUUAAGCUGUUUACAAUAUGGCAUAAUGGCCGACAUCACACAUUCCUGGAGUCAUGCCACAAACACACUAUAUUUGGGGGAUGGAGGAGUCUCGAACCUACAGCUGUCAUCAGCAGUGGUUUAACUUUACCAUGUUGAGAAAGAGCACAAAACUGGAUGCAAAAAGACACCAUACGGAUCUAAUAGGAUGGGACAAAAAAUGUCACCUCUCAGUGCUUUCUAAAUUUAGUGCCUUUUUGUCCUGAAUUUGAACAGUCUAGUGAGCAAUUAUCCUGAAUUCUAUCGCAAGAUGACCUGUGGACUAUGUGUCCCUCUAUGACUACAUGAUGGAGACAUUACAUAGAUGAUGCUGAAGUUGCAGAAGUUUUUAAAUUAAAAAUGUAUUUGGAUUUGAUGAUAAUUUUGUAGAAAUGGAGAAUGUGUGUUUAUUUUUGUCCUGCCGACAGGUACCCGGCAGGUGACA